GGUUGGGCCUUGCUUUGCUAGCUCGAUCAUUCAGAGCAAAAGCAAGACAGCAGCACGUUUGUGAGACGGAGAUCGGUUUGAGCUGACCCAUGUGAUGUUCCCUGGAGGGGCAGUUGCAUGGGGUGUGUGAAAACAAGAUGGGCUGCCAAAAUACGGCUGUUGUGAACUAUAAAAGCCUCAGCCCAGAAUGGCUGGAGAGGUGUGAGGAAAAGCAGAUACCCUCAAAUGACAAGAAUCAAAACUCAGGAGAUUUCUCUCUUCUUGGAUGGACCCUGUCACCAGUAUGCUUUGAGUCUCUUAGAAGCCGAUGGCUGGUCCCUUCCAGAAUGAGAAUGAACUGCUGAAUUGGGAAUUAUCUGAGACCCAGUAAGACAGCGCUGCUGCCCUGCUCUCUGCUUUAUCUAUUUACAAGUUAUUUAAAUUGGACUUUUAAUAUCCUGCCAGCUGCUCUUCAGACACACAUGGUGCAUUGUUGGCAUUCUCAGAAUUGCAUCUUUGAAACCCAGGCCUUCAGUAACCUUCAUCGAACAAAAAGGCAACCUACAGGAUUCAUUUGUAGAGGGAUUUUUCCAACCUGCUGCCCUCUAGCUUCAUUCUCGCUGGUGGUGUAUUUGUAAGAGACCAUGGAGCCCACUAUGGAGUACUGCUUAGCACAGGUGCUGCAGAAGGACGUUGGCAAGAGACUUCAGGUUGGCCAAGAGUUGAUAGAUUAUUUCUCGGAUAAACAGAAGUCUGCCGAUCUUGAACAUGAUCAGACUAUGCUGGAUAAAAUGGUCGAUGGACUUGCCACCUCUUGGGUGAAUUCCAGCAAUUAUAAGGUGGUUCUGCUCGGGAUGGACAUCCUCUCGGCGCUGGUGUCACGACUGCAGGAUCGCUUUCGAGCCCAGAUCGGCACAGUGCUGCCCAGUUUGCUUGACAGGCUAGGAGACUCGAAAGACUCGGUGCGGGAGCAGGAUCAAGCUUUGCUGCUAAAAAUCAUGGAACAAGCUGCUAACCCUCAGUACGUGUGGGACAGAUUGCUAGGAGGAUUCAAACACAAGAAUUUCCGGACGAGAGAAGGGAUUUGCCUCUGCCUUAUUGCCACGCUCAACGCAUCCGGAGCUCAGAGUCUAACGCUGAGCAAGAUCGUGCCGCAUAUAUGUAACUUGCUUGGAGAUCCAAACAGCCAGGUUCGAGAUUCAGCAAUAAACAGCCUUGUGGAAAUUUACAGACACGUAGGCGAACGUGUCAGGGCAGAUCUCAGUAAAAAAGGAUUACCACAGUCUCGGUUGAAUGUCAUCUUUACAAAAUUUGAUGAAGUCCAGAAAUCCGGAAACAUGAUCCAAGGGUCGGGCGAUAAAAAUUUUGAUGAUGAAGACUCUGUGGACGGGAACCGACCUUCCUCGGCCAGCUCCUCUACGUCUUCAAAGGCCCCUUCAAACUCCCGCAGGGUUGGGAUGGGGACUGCCCGCAGGCUUGGGUCUGCAGCUCUGGGCUCAAAGUCCGCAGCGGCCAAAGAGGGAGCUGGUGCGGUCGAUGAGGAGGAUUUUAUUAAAGCAUUUGAUGACGUCCCGAUGGUGCAGAUUUAUUCCAGCCGAGACCUUGAAGAAUCCAUAAACAAAAUUAGAGAGAUAUUAUCUGAUGAUAAGCAUGACUGGGAACAGAGAGUGGCUGCCUUGAAAAAGAUCCGAUCCUUACUAUUAGCUGGAGCUGCUGAAUAUGACAACUUCUUCCAACACCUGCGCCUGCUGGAUGGAGCAUUUAAAUUGUCCGCUAAAGAUCUGCGCUCUCAGGUAGUGCGAGAGGCUUGUAUCACGUUGGGACAUUUGUCGUCGAUUUUGGGAAACAAGUUUGACCACGGGGCAGAAGCCAUUAUGCCAACCAUCUUUAAUCUAAUUCCCAACAGUGCCAAAGUAAUGGCCACUUCUGGUGUUGUAGCUGUUAGAUUAAUCAUCAGACAUACUCACAUCCCUCGGCUAAUACCCAUCAUCACCAGCAACUGUACCUCUAAGUCCGUAGCAGUUAGAAGGCGUUGCUUUGAAUUUUUAGACUUGCUGUUACAAGAAUGGCAAACGCACUCCCUAGAAAGACACAUAUCAGUGUUAGCUGAAACGAUAAAGAAGGGAAUCCACGACGCUGACUCCGAAGCAAGGAUAGAGGCAAGGAAGUGUUACUGGGGCUUCCACAAUCACUUCAGCAGAGAAGCAGAACAUUUGUUUCAUACAUUGGAAUCCUCCUAUCAGAAAGCCCUGCAGUCUCACCUGAAGAACUCGGACAGCAUUGUGUCUUUGCCUCAGUCUGACCGCUCCUCUUCCAGUUCCCAAGAGAGUCUCAACCGUCCGUUAUCUGCCAAAAGAAGUCCUACUGGGAGCACUACAUCUAGAGCCUCUACAGUAAGCACAAAAUCCGUGUCGACACCAGGAUCUCUGCAGCGAUCUCGCAGUGACAUUGAUGUGAACGCGGCGGCCAGUGCCAAGUCCAAAGCAACGUCUUCUGGAGCCUCCACCCCCUUCAGCUCUGCUGCGGCCUUGCCACCUGGCUCAUAUGCAUCGCUAGGUCGGAUUCGUACGAGGAGGCAAAGCUCCGGAAGUGCCACGAGCGUCACCUCAACGCCUGCCGACACCCGAGGCCGCAGCCGAGCUAAAGUGGUUUCUCAGUCCCAGCCUGGCAGCCGCUCCAGUUCUCCUGGCAAGCUCUUGGGAAGCACCUACGGUGGAUUGACCAGCGGAGCAUCCAGAGUCCCACCAGUGCCAUCGUCUGCAGAAAAGCGCAGCAAGAUCCCUCGAAGCCAAGGAUGCAGCCGAGAGACGAGCCCCAACAGAAUAGGACUAGACCGGUUUGGCCUUGGACAGCCAGGCAGGCUGCCUGCCUCCGUGAAUGCCAUGCGAGUCCUGAGCACAAGCACGGAUCUGGAGGCCGCCGUGGCGGAUGCACUGCUGUUAGGAGACUCCAGGAGCAAGAAAAAGCCAGUGAGGAGAAGAUACGAGCCGUACGGGAUGUAUUCCGAUGACGAUGCUAACAGCGACGCGUCCAGCGCUUGCUCCGAGCGCUCCUACGGUUCCCGAAACGGAGGCAUUCCCCACUACCUGCGGCAAACGGAGGAUGUGGCUGAGGUCCUGAACCACUGCGCUAGCUCCAACUGGUCGGAGAGAAAGGAGGGUCUCAUCGGUCUCCAGAACUUAUUGAAGAGCCAGAGGACACUGAGCCGAGUCGAGUUAAAAAGGCUGUGUGAGAUCUUUACUCGCAUGUUUGCGGAUCCUCAUAGCAAGAGAGUUUUCAGCAUGUUUCUAGAAACCCUGGUUGACUUCAUCAUCAUCCAUAAGGAUGACUUGCAAGACUGGCUCUUUGUUCUCCUGACGCAGCUGCUCAAGAAGAUGGGGGCAGAUUUGCUGGGAUCUGUGCAGGCAAAGGUGCAGAAAGCUCUGGAUGUGACAAGGGAUUCUUUUCCUUUUGAUCAGCAGUUUAACAUCCUGAUGCGAUUUAUUGUAGAUCAGACCCAAACGCCAAACCUCAAGGUAAAAGUUGCAAUCCUGAAGUAUAUCGAGUCCUUGGCCAGACAGAUGGACCCAACAGACUUCGUGAACUCCAGUGAGACCAGACUUGCUGUAUCGCGAAUUAUAACUUGGACAACAGAACCAAAGAGCUCAGACGUGAGAAAGACCAUGCAUAGUUGGGUAGGUGAGGAUUUGCCAGCUAGAUCAACUACAGCCGCUUCAGGGCCCGGUGAAGGAAACUUGGAAGAGAAAUGUAAACAGGCAGCACAAAUAGUCCUGAUCUCCCUCUUUGAACUGAACACUCCCGAGUUUACCAUGUUACUUGGUGCCUUGCCGAAAACAUUCCAGGACGGUGCUACCAAGCUCCUGCACAACCACCUCAAGAACUCCAGCAACACCAACGUGGGCUCUCCCAGCAAUACUAUUGGUCGGACCCCUUCUCGCCACUCCAGCAGCAGAACCAGCCCCUUGACCUCUCCUACCAACUGCUCCCACGGCGGACUGUCUCCAAGCAUGCUGGAUUACGACACGGAGAACCUAAAUUCCGAUGAAAUCUACAGCUCGCUUCGCGGCGUCACGGAGGCUAUUGAAAAGUUUAGUUUCCGGAGCCAAGAGGAUCUGAAUGAACCAAUCAAACGUGAUGGAAAGAAAGACUGUGACAUUGUGUCUCGAGAUGGCGGAAUAGCUGCUCCCGCCAGCGACGUACGUGGAGGCAGCGACGUUGUGGAAGGGGGAAGGAUGGCUCUCGAUAACAAAACCUCGCUACUUAAUACCCAGCCUCCACGCGCCUUUUCGGGGCCCCGAGCUCGCGAGUACAAUCCCUACCCUUACUCAGACACGAUCAACACCUAUGACAAGACCGCUCUGAAGGAGGCCGUGUUCGACGAUGACAUGGAUCAGCUUCGGGAUGAAGUACCCAUUGACCAUUCUGAUUUGGUGGCUGAUCUUCUGAAAGAACUGUCGAAUCACAACGAGCGAGUGGAAGAACGGAAAGGAGCCCUGCUCGAAUUGCUAAAGAUCACCCGAGAAGAUAACCUGGGAGUGUGGGAGGAACAUUUCAAAACCAUUUUGCUGUUGCUGCUAGAAACUCUGGGCGACAAAGAUCAUUCGAUAAGAGCCCUGGCCUUAAGAGUACUGCGGGAGAUAUUAAGGAAUCAGCCAGCAAGGUUUAAAAACUACGCCGAACUGACCAUCAUGAAAACACUGGAAGCGCAUAAGGAUUCCCACAAAGAGGUCGUUCGAGCUGCAGAGGAAGCCGCCUCCACCCUGGCCAGUUCCAUACACCCGGAGCAGUGCAUCAAAGUGCUGUGUCCGAUCAUUCAAACUGCCGACUACCCGAUUAAUUUAGCUGCCAUCAAAAUGCAGACGAAAGUCAUUGAGAGGAUCUCGAAGGAAUCCUUACAUCAGCUCCUUCCUGAUAUCAUUCCGGGAUUGUUACAGGGUUACGAUAACACAGAGAGCAGCGUUCGUAAAGCAAGCGUGUUCUGCCUAGUGGCGAUUUACUCGGUGAUCGGAGAAGAGCUGAAACCCCACCUCGCCCAGCUCACAGGAAGCAAGAUGAAGCUACUAAACUUGUACAUAAAGAGGGCCCAGACCACCAAUAGCAACAGCAGCUCAUCGUCAGAUGUUUCAACGCACAGUUAAUGGAGGUAUCUGGACAUAUGUGUAGACUUAGAAGCAAUCAGCGGUGCCUCACAGAGACCUUUCUGCUCCCCUCACUUCAUUGGCACACUCCAUCGGCUGACGGGGGCCGUGCAGAUAUUUAUUGCAAUCAGUAUUUUAGUCCUUUAAAGCCUUUAUGUAGAAUCUUAUUCGUAUUGAAUGUAAAGGAAGCAAGGCCUGUGUUGCAGUCUUCAUCUAAAGAAACGAAACAACCGAAAGCCAUACUUAAACAUAUUUGUACAGCCUGCUGAAACCUUUGAGAUAUGUUUAAGUGAAUAGUGUUUCCAAACAGAGGCCACAUAAUGUGUAGGUGCUGAAAAGUUGAACGAAUCCUUGUUUGUUCUGUUUUAGUUUGAUACCAAGUUUGGGGUUUUAAUGUGCUCCUUUCCUGCUGUGGGAACGACCCUUUCCUUCUGGACGUAACCGUUUGGGACGGCUGUGCCACCUCCCGCACGUUCUGCGAUGGGUUCCCGUUUUUAUACUCCCUUCCUUGAAACGCAAGAGCUGGACCAUGCCGUCUUUGCAGAUACCACUGUGGUUCCAGCUGUCAGUGCUUUAGUAGCGAGAGAUCCCUCGUGAGUAGCAAUGGAGGGGAAAAAAAGGAGGUUCUUUUUAAACAUCCAAGUUUUAUAUAGUAUGUGCCAGAUUUCCACAGGGGCUGAGAAGAACUGAUUUCUUCAGAGCUUUUCUCCACCCACCAUAUCAUCAAGCAGAGAGCAGCUUGGCUCUCGCUACCUUAAUUAACGGUGUUUACAUGAUCCCUGCCUUCAAGCUUCUUCACCUCAAGGGACAAGGAAGGGUUGUUUUAAGUCCUAACAAGAAGCCUGAGGUAGAGCUCUGGGACUGGAGCCUAAAGUCCACAUCCCACUCCUGCCGCAGUCCCAUUGGCACGAUGGGCCUCGGACUGAGAUUUGGGAGCAUUCACCCAAGGAAGUGGGGUGGGUUCGUUGUCAGGACCGGGCAGUGCCAUCUCAGUUGUGUCUGCCCAAGAGACUGGCUGAGAAAUCCUUAUUUUGGUUGCAGCCUGUUUUCUGGAAGAACCGAGCGGCAUCUCCAGGGCUCAGAUAACACGUAGCCCCGAUGAUCCCCGCUGCCUCUCCCCCCACAGGACGUCCAGGCAUCCCCUUCACCUGCAGAAAUGCUUUGGGAAGUCUUAACGGGGCAAAGUUGUCCUAUAAAUCUAGACCUCCAGGUGCGGGGCUUGGCCCCAGCGUUUAAAAGGACGAUGCCUCCAUCUCCUUCCAUACCUGUCAUCUUGUGCCCCCAAAGUCCCAGUCCAUGCCAGUUAAGGGCGUCACAGGGUUAGCAAGGGGGAAAGUCAGAGCCCGACCAGCAGCAGCGCUGUACGCUCUCGGGAUGGUCUUAAUGUAGGCACACCCUUACUGUCUGCAGGCAGAUGGGGACAUAGAGGGACUUCUCCCACCCUAGGCUCUUCACUUUCUCCACCCCGGUCCAGGAUAGGGUUCGUGUAGACACACGCUGUUCCCCAGAGAGGAAGUCUAAUGGCACGUUGGAUCAGUCCGACUUCUGCCUCCUUCCAUCAUCCCGAUGGAAGACCUCGGCCUGUGCAGCGCUAAUGGCGUCAUGGUAGGCGUCAUGGCCUCUCAUGACCUCGUGAAAUUGGGCCCCAAAACGGCAGGGUUUUUCAGCCUCUUUUGCCCCCUGCCUGACGGAGUGGGAGGGCUGAUCUGGCUCCAAGUUUAUCAAGAUGGGCUCAGUCAUUCACUGGCUGCAGAACCGGUCCCCUUUGCGGC